UGCGCCUUCAUCAAAUACAUCAAACAUGAGCAAGGAAGAUGGCAGUAAAAAGGUAGUACCACCUCCUGUGAAGCCCAACUCUGAAGCUGCUGAAAAAGCAAACCACGCGCAGGAUAAGAUCUCGUUUGACAGGACAGACAAGGACGCGUAUCCCACCUGCGAGAAAAUCUGUUUUGACGACUGUAAAGAAGUGCAUCCCACCUUCACCAACCUCUUUACAGAUGACAAGCAGGAGUUUGUGCAGGUUAAAGAAGUUCUCUCCCACCUGAAGAGGAACGGACUCCGGCCCACUACAGAUCUGAGAUUUGAGAAAUUUAUCAGGAGGUUGAGUGUGUUACCAGGGGAACCGGGCCACUCAGGUAACUCUGAAGACAGUGAGAUAAAGAAACAAGCGACAGUGAAGGAGUUCGAGAGAGCUAGCAGAAGCUGUCCUGGGCUACUUAACAACGCCCUUAGCUGUAACCUAGCAAUACCAGAGUUUAAGGAAUUCUGCAAUCAGAUAAAAGAGAUAUACGAGGAACUGUUACCAGUUAAAGGAGGAGAGAACGCGCAAUACAUUCCACAACUUGCACGUGCAAACCCAGACUGCUUCGGUAUAUCAGUGUGCACUGUAGACGGGCAGAGGUACUCUAUAGGGGACGUGAACAUCCCCUUCUGUAUACAGUCCUGCAGCAAGGCUCUGAACUACGCUAUAAACGUUACCGAGCACGGUGAGGAGUAUGUGCACCAGUUUCUUGGCAAGGAGCCAAGUGGGUUAGGGUUUAAUCAGAUAGCACUGGAUAAGAACGGACUUCCUCACAACCCCAUGAUAAACCCCGGAGCUAUCAGUUGUUGCAGUGUACUGAGGAAGGACCACAGUCUAGCUGACAGGUACGAAUACACAGAGAAGAUGUAUAAGAAAAUGGCAGGGGGAGAGUUUGUCGGGUUCAGCAAUGCCACCUUCCUCUCAGAGAAGGGUGAGGCAGACAGGAACUUUGCUAUUGGGUACUACCUCAAGGAAGCGGGGGUGUUUCCCGAGGAUUGUAAACUGAAGGAGACCCUGGACCUGUACUUCCAGCUGUGCAGUGUGGAGGCUAGUUGUGACAGUGCUGCUGUUAUUAGUGCGACUAUCGCUAAUGGAGGAGUGUGUCCUACUACUGAACAGGUGUGCAUCUCACCGGACGCAGUACGGAACACUCUGAGUCUGAUGAGCUCGUGUGGGAUGUACGACUACUCAGGAGAGUGGACAUUUGAUGUUGGGCUCCCUGCAAAGUCUGGGGUAGCAGGCUCCAUCUUUAUUGUUAUACCGGGGGUUAUGGGGAUAUGUGUGUGGAGUCCUCCGCUAGAUGAGCUAGGCAACAGUUACAAGGGCAUUCUCUUUGCUAAGAAGCUGAUUGAGAGGUACGCGUUCCACAGCUUUGACGGAGUACUGGGUCACCUGAACAAGAUAGACCCGAGACUUCAACAAAACAAUGAGAGCCCGGAGAUGGAGCUGUGUAACUUGUUGAGUGCAGCUCUGAGCAGUGACCUGGUAGAGCUACACAACCAGAUGGGGUUAGGGGUAGACUUCAACUCUACCAACUACGACGAGAGAACAGCCCUGCAUCUGGCGGUGUGUGCGGGCAACUUCCAAGUCAUCAAGUACCUCAUAAAGACAUGUGGAGUUGAUAUUAACCCUGUGGACAGGUGGAACUCUACUCCUCUGGAUAACGCGGACAAGGGUCAGUUGCGAGACAUUGUCAACUACUUGAAGUUAAAUGGAGGGAUGAGGGGCUCAGAGGUUCUCCAGUUGAGAGGAAAGGCUGAGAAACCAGCGCUGUGUUAAGGAAUCUGGGGUUGAUAGGUUGAGUCGUCCCCAGAACUUCGUGUCCUUGAUAUUUAGCCCUAGAACCUCGUGCCCCAGAACCUUAUGCCCCAGAACUUCGUUUCCCUGAUAUUAAGCCUUAGAACCUCGUUCCCCAGAACUUUGUUACCCAGAACUUCGUGCCCCUAAUAUUUAGCCCCAGAACUUUGUGCCUCAGAACUCCGUGCACGUGCCCCUGAUAUUUAGCCCCGGAACUUCGUGCCCCAGAACCUUAUGCCCCAGAUUUCUAACCCAGUGACGUUGUGUACAAUUUUCUGGAGUUGGAUGACUGUAACCUCAAAGCUACUAGAGCGAGGGGGUGUGGCUAGAAACUGCAAGUGGAAUCCCGGCUAUGAUUUUAGUGAAAACCAGCUUUGUUUACUGGAUUACUCAAUAAUUUAUACAUACAAUAGUAUACAAUAAUUAUAUAUAAUACCUAAAUCUGCUAAUAUAAAACCAAUAUAACUCCUGGAUAUGAAAGUAGAAUUAAGUACUUCAGCUUAAUAUAUUUUGAUUUGAAUGGACUAUGAUGUUAGACAGUAUAAAAAACGUUGACAAUGCAGGACAGCAAGAUACUAUGUCAUCAUAGUUGUUGAGUGCCAAUGGAUCUACCAAAAUAGGUUUCUCAUUAGACCAAACAGACAGGCUAGCCGUUUUACUUAGAACGAACUUUGUAUCUUUGAUAUACUUUAACUUUAGAAUAUAAUAUAAUGUAUAUAUAUAAUAGAGUAACUCUCAAUUAUAAACAUGAGUAAUAUUAUCAGAGACAAGGGUUGUUGAUAUAGAAUAACAUCCUAUUAGGUUUUUUGUCUUUCGUGACCAACAGAUUAAUUUCUCAUUUUGCUUCUCAUUUUAAAAUGAAAAUGAAUAACUCAGUGAGUUCAUUUAGAAAAAUUAUUUUA